CACGGAUGCACCUCUGCGCCGUCGUCGUCUUGGGCUUUUUUGGCAUUGCCUCCCGGGCAGCAACGGCGGGCGGCGUACAAAUGACAUCGUUCAAUGUAAUGGGUUCCCUCCAGAAAACACUCGACGUCUUCUCCUCCUCCUCAGCCUCCUCCUCCUCUGUCCCGGAGGAGAGUAGUUUCCAGGAAGAUACUCUCUUUUCUUCUUCUUCUUCUUCUUCGGAACACUACUCGUUCGAGUUGCAUACUCGAUUGUCGGUUGGGAAAACAGUGGAGGGGGCGGAGGAUUACGGGUCGCUGGUGGCAGCUCGACUGGAUCGCGACUCGGCCCGAGUGCGGUGGCUUCAGACUCGCGCAACCGGCGAGCGGGAAGAGGAGGAGGAAGAGAAGGAGGAGGAGGAGGAGGAGAUUAAUUCAUCAUCAUCGGGACCUGCUGCUGCGAGGGUGCCCAUUAAAUCGGGGGUGAGUGAGGGUAGGGGGGAAUACUUCGCCCGGCUUACAAUAGGCAGCCCAGGGAGGGAGUAUUACCUGGUUGCCGACACGGGGAGUGACCUUACAUGGCUCCAGUGCCUUCCUUGCUCCUCUUGUUACAAACAAACCGGCCCCAUUUUCGAUCCCAUCAACUCUUCCACUUACUCCCCCCUCCCUUGCGCCGCCCAGCAGUGCCAGUGGUUGCAGGAAUCCCGCUACUGCAGCCGCGACGGCCGCCGCCAGUGCAUGUACACGUACGGUUACGGGGACAAUUCUACCACGGCGGGCGAACUUGCCACGGAAUCCGUGGCCUUCGGAUCCGCGGCGGCUUCCCAACAUAAUAAUAAGGUGCCAAUUGGUUGUGGACAUUCCAAUAAAGGGCUGUUUGCUGGAGCCGCAGGAUUGCUUGGUCUCAGCCGCGGCCCAUUGUCGUUCCCUUCCCAGAUGAAUGUAGCCUCUUUCUCCUACUGCCUCGUUGACCGCGACUCUACAAACUCGUCCACUCUCGACUUCGGCUACUCCUCCGCCGCUGCUGCCACCGCCACCACCAGCAACAACAACAAGAAGAAGAGCAGCGGAGUCGUGGUAGUUGCCCGUUUAAUUCCCCUGAAAGAGAUUUUCUAUUUCGUCGACUUGAUCGGGAUCAGCGUCGGCGGCAACAACGAGAAUAUGAUACCGAUCUCUGCAUACCCAAGCGGCGGCGGCGCUGUCAUCAUUGACUCGGGAACAGCAAUCACCAGGUUGCAUAAGGACGUCUACAGUUCCUUCCGACAGCAUUUCUUGAAUGCGGCGGCGGCGGCCAAGCUGAGGACGGCAACCGAUCCCAAUGACAUAUUCGACACGUGUUAUGAUUUUUCAAACCAGGAGAGCGUGCAAGUACCGACGGUGUCGUUUCACUUCACCGACGCUGGAAAUAUGUUGGAGCUACCGGCGGAAAAUUAUCUGGUCCCAAUGGACACGUCGGGGACGUUUUGCUUGGCCUUCUUUCCGACGUCGUCUUCCCUAACCAUCAUCGGCAACGUGCAGCAGCAGGGGAUGCGAGUCACUUACGACCUUCACAACUCCCACAUCCGAUUCAGUCCCAAUCAAUGCUAGCUACCUAGCUAAAGGCCAGGCCAGGCCAGGCUGUUGAACUCGAUCGAUCGUAUCCAGCAGGGUACUUUAUAAACAUUUCAUAAAUAUAUACAUAGAAAUACCGUCCCUCUCAAUCAACACAGCACCCCUACACAUGCAUACUUUUCGCGUUCAAAAAUCUCUCCACUUUAAUUUCACCUAAAUCAAAUUAUGCUCCAUCU